GCAGUCGCCGUUUGUUGUUUGACUUGAACGGUUUUGUUGUGUGUGCGAUAGAUUUGUUUUUGUGCGACGACUAUUAACUUUACAAAUCGAGUAGCUAACUAGUUAGUUAUACUUACUACUACUCCUGCAGUGCAUUUUGUGCGUUGUGAUUAGUGAAAGUGCCUCUUCUUCGUCACCUAAAAAUUAGCGUUAGCACGCUUUUGACAUUUCUACAAAAUAUUGUUCAGUGUGACCACCCGCGCAGCGGAGACACAAGAGUAAAAACCAGAUAUAGCAGAACCAAUUAGCAAUUAACAAAAAAAAAAAAAUAUAUAUAUAUACAAAUAAAAAAGAGGAGGACCAGCAAAAAUGGGUAAAGCACAGAGCAAGCGUUCAAUUGAUAUCACCACCGAUCCGAAGAAGGUUGGCGAGGGCGACGAAGUCGCCGGCAAAGUCGAGAAAAUUGAUGUCGAUGUCGAUCAAGCGCCGCCCGCAUUAAACGGCGAUGCAUCGACGCCAAAGGAAAAGAGCGAGGAUGCAGCGUCAGCAGCUGCUGCUGGCGGCGAGAAGGGCGAAGAGAACUCGGAGAAUGACAAAGAUCUAACCACCGAGAAGAGUGCUGCCGAAGCGGCUGCAGCGGCGUCGUCGUCACCAAAGGGUGCUGAUGGUGAUGCAGCGGCUGCUGUUGUUGAGACUGCUGCAAAGGAUGAGGCAGCAACAGCAACUGGCUCGCCCAAAGAGGGCAGUGGCGCCGAGGAGAUCUCACCGUUGGCCGAUGAGAGCAUCAAGUCCAAGUCCAAGAAGGAUAAGGUGAAAAAGAAAUGGUCAUUCCGCAGCAUCUCGUUUGGCAAAAAGGACAAACAGAAGCCAGCGAAGGCCGAGGAGCCAGCCUCCCCAACAGCAGCAGCAGCAGUAGCAGCGGCGUCAACGAAUGGCGAAGCGGAGCAGCCAGCAGCAGAGGGAGCAGCAGCCGAAGGAGGAGCAACUGCAGCAGCAGCAUCUAACGCGGACAAAGCUGAGCAAACCGCGGAUAAAGCAGUUGCCGAUGCGACAGCCAAUGUUGAAUCGAAACCCACCGAAAAUGGAGCAGCCAGCGAACAGGAAAAGCAACAACAGGAGCAACAACAACAAGUGAAUGGUGAUGAGCAGAAGUCAGCAGCGCCAACAGUUAACGUUAUGGAGGAGGCAACCAAGCCGGAGACAAUCACAGCGACUAGCACAAGCAGCAGCGCCACCACCACCAACGAAUCGAAGACGAAUGUUGAGCCACCAGCUAUUGUUGAGUCAUUGAGUGCUGCUGUGGUGCAGGAGCCCGACACCACCACUGAAGUUGUUACCAAUGGUCAUGGCGCUGCUGCUGAGCCUGUGUUGUUGACCAAUGGCGAGAAGAAUGGUUUGGCCGAAUCCCCAACUGAGCCAGAGGCGGCACCACCAGCAGCAACAACCACCAACAAUGUUGAUGAGCCACAUCAUCAGAACGGCACAAAUGGAGUUGGUGAGAAGAACGAGGAGACUACUGCCACCACCACACCUGUUGUCGUCGCUGUCGAGUCCGAGGCCGAGCAAAUUAAGAACAAGUCGCAAAUCGAGGUAAAACAAAUAGACACCACCACCACAAACAACAACAACAACAAUACUGUAAAUACGAGUACCACAACAACAACAGCUACAGAGAACAACAACACCACAAUCACAACAACUGAAAAAACAACAACAACCACAACCACUGAGACCGAGACAAUUGCAGCCGCAGAGUUAGUUCAGACCCAAACCACAAUCCAAAAUAACACAAUACCUAACACAGCCAAUACCACAACCAACACCACAACCAAUACCACAACCACCGACAAUUCCGUCCAACUUCCCAACACUACUGUCCAAGCGCAGCAAGAAGAAGAAGGGCUCGUCAACGCCAAUGCCGCCAAGGAAGAAGAAGAACAAGUGGUUGCUGCCAUUAUUGCGGCAGUUAGCGAGAUCUCUGAGUCCGAAAGUUUUGUUGUAAUUGCACCUCAGACUGAAACCACUGAGUCCGUUGAUGAAGUCGAACCGGAAACGGUUUUGAUUGCGGCUGUAUCCUCCUCCCCUGUGCCCCGUCUAGAAAUCGAAUCAGAACUUAAAUCCGUAUCCGAAACUACUCACUCACAAAUCGACCCAGUUUCCGUUGUUGAAGCAGCUGAUGAUGUUGAUGUGGUUGUGCCUUGUGUUGAGUCCAGUCAACCGCCACCACUGCCCAAGUCCCCACCACCCUCGCGUGUUUCGGCAUUUGCAUUAACUACAGACAACGAUGAUGAAGACAACAACGACGAUGCUAAGUUUGUUCAGGAUGAGCAAAAGCAGGAGGAGAUUGCAGCAGAAACAGCCACACCACCACCAACAGAUCUAUUGUUGACCGAUAUUGAGCAUCAGGCGCAGGCCAUUGUUGAGGAAAUUACCGAGCAGGCGGCAGAUAUUGUAACGGAGCAGGAUAAGCAAGUGUUGCCCACAAUUGAAGAUGAUUUAGUUGAGGAACAGCAGGUUUCAAGCGCAGUCGAUAGAAUUAUAACCGAUGUCGAUGAUGAUAUCGAUAACAACGAUAAUAAAAUUGAACCAGAGGUGAUCAGCAUGGUGGAGAAAAUUAUCGACGAGCCCGAGAUGCUUGUCCAGAAGAAGGACCUUAUAACGGAUAUCAUUCUCGAAGCUGAAGAUGAGCACAGCUCAAGAGGGAACGAUGAGAAAGUCAUCACAGUUGUUGAUGAUGCACCAGCUGUUGUGCAGCAAAUGGAUAUCAAUAUCGAUAACGAUAACAUUAUCAACAGCAGCGAUAGCAGCAUAACAAAGCUGGGCGCAAUUGCGGACAUUGAAGAAGCAGCUGCUGUUCAUCACGAGGAUAUCGCUAAGGAUCUAAAGGAGAAGAACGCCGCGGCAGAUGUUACAACACAGGACCUGCCCGUGACAUGCGAAUAAUACUAAUAAUUAUUAUAUAUAUUACAUAUUAUUAAAAACAAAAAAACAAAAAAAAAAAAACAAGAAAAAAAAACGAUAAAAACAAAUAAGAAAACAACGCAACGUAAAAAAACCAACAAUUAAAUGAUAAACACGAGAGCAAAAAAAAGCAAAAUACAUUUUUAACAUUUACAUAUUUUAAUCAUUUUUGUACGAAUUUCAUAUCCCUAAUCCAAGAUUACAUGAGCAUAUAUUCAAGAAAAACAAAAAACAAAUCAAAUACAUACAAAUCGACAGAAUAUACGGAAACACCAACACACACAGCAACACACACAUACAUUGACCACCACUACCACCACCAAGAACAACAACAACAACAAACAACACCACCUCCAAACCGACACCCACCAAAAGUUGAGGAAACUGUUUCGAUGUGUUUGGUUGCAACUGAAUUUUGAUGCUGGCGUUUUCUCUUUCACACGUAUAUUCGUAUAAUCCAUCAACACGCAUUUAUAAGUACACACACACACACAAACGAACAUACACACACACGCAUACAUACCAUUGUCAUAUUGAUGAUCAUGAUAAAAGAAAAACAAAAGAAAAAGAAAACAAAUCAUCGAUGAAAUGAUGAAAGUAAGAAUUUUUUGAAUAAUUUCUACUAUACAUUUAACUGUAAGUUCUAAGAAAUUUGUAAAGAAUUUUUGGACGAAAUAUUGGAUAAAUAUAUAUUAUAAAAUAUAAAACGCAAGUGUGCUCCACUAAAAC